AUGGACCAGCUGCGCUUCGACGGUCGUGUGGCGAUCGUGACGGGUGCCGGAGGUGGUCUUGGCAAGGAGUAUGCUCUGCUACUUGCAUCAAGAGGCGCUAAAGUGGUUGUCAACGACCUCGGAGGUGGCAGGGAUGGAUCCGGCAGGUCGAACUUCGCAGAUGCCGUUGUCAAACAAAUAAAAGAUAAUGGUGGCGUGGCGGUCGCAGACUAUAACUCCGUUGUGGAGGGCGAGAAGAUCGUUAAGACAGCCAUGGACAACUUCGGCCGCGUGGAUAUGCUCAUCAACAACGCUGGUAUCCUCAGGGACAAGAGCUUCGGCAAAAUGGCUGAACAGGAUUGGGACCUAAUCCAUGCCGUGCAUUUAAAAGGCGCGUUCAAGACCACGCAAGCUGCAUGGGAGAUCUUCAGGAAGCAGAAGUACGGCCGCGUUGUCAUGACUUCCAGUAACUCUGGUAUCUUCGGCAACUUCGGACAAGCUAACUACAGUGCCGCGAAAUUAGGUCUAGUUGGUCUUGCCAACACACUGGCUAUCGAAGGCGCUAAGUACAACGUGAAAGUGAACACUAUCGUGCCGACGGCAGCUUCGCGCCUCACCGAGGACAUCCUGCCUCCGGAGAUGUUCAAGGCUAUGCAGCCUAACCUAAUUGCACCUGUAGUUGCAUAUAUGGUCCACGAAUCGUUCGAAGAUAAUGGCAUUAUCAUCGACUCUGCUCUCGGCUUCGCCACCAAGACGCAUUUCGUCAGAGGGGAGGGUACCCCCGUUAGGGCCAAGCCCGAGGACGCGGUGACCAUCGAAUCGGUGAAGGCGAAAUGGCCUCAAGUUGUCGACAUGAGCAAAGCCAAGCACUUAGAUAAGAAUGCCGAAGUCACUGUGGACCUUGUUGAGAAAUUACAGGAUUUCGAAGAGCGCGCUAAGCUGGACAAGGGCAACAAAGCCAGCUAUUGGUCGACGUACGACUACAAUGCAAAGGACCUCACUCUGUACGCGCUUGGAAUUGGCGCUUCCGUGUCUAACGAGUCUGACCUCAAAUUCCUGUACGAAAGCCAUGAGAACUUUUCUCCUCUGCCCACUUACUUUAUCCUGCCUGGCAUGAGCAUGGAGUCACCCAUUGUUCAGCAGUCUAUGCCGCCGGGCAAGCAUGCUGACUUCACCAAUAUCCUUCACGGUGAGCAAUACAUCGAAUUCCUUGGUGACCUGCCCGGCACUGAGGGCGAGUUCACGACGCGCUCGUACGUUGCCGAAGUGCUCGACAAGGGAUCCGCGGCUGUCGCUAUUGUUAACAGCGAAAUCUACCAAAACAGAAAUCUGGUGUACCGCACGCAGCAGCACAUUUUCGUACUAGGACAAGGUGGCUUCGGCGGCCCACGCAACAGCAGUAUCGCGACUGAAGUUCGGCCCGUGCCCAAGAGAAACCCGGAUGCUGUCGUUGAACAGAGGACUGCUGAGGACCAGGCUGCUCUUUACAGACUGUCUGGCGACCUGAAUCCACUUCAUAUCGACCCGCAAGUGGCCUCUAUCAGCGGUCACGCGAAGCCCAUCUUGCACGGACUCGCUUCACUCGGUUUCUCCGCCAGACACGUCUUGGCCACGUUUGGCGGUAACGACCCCGCAAACUUUAAGGCCCUGAAGGCGCGAUUCAUGAAGCCCGUAACUCCUGGUCAGACGCUCGUCACCGAGAUGUGGCGCGAGGGCUCCCGCGUACACUUCCAGACCAAGACUAAGGAAACUGGGAACGUUGUUAUUGGAGGUGCAUAUGUAGACCUGAAGCAAGUAAGCCCAGUCAAGGCCAACAGGGUUUCCGCAUCUGGCCUGAAGAGUGACGGUCUUUUCGCCAAGAUAAUCGAAGAGGUUAAUAAGAACCAGGCUAUGGCAAAGAGCAUCAAUGGCAUUUUCUUGUACAACAUUACUGAGAAUGGAAAGACUGUAAAACAAUGGACCCUUGACUUGAAGACUCCUGCUGUUUAUGAAGGUCCACUUAAGGAAGGCAAACCUGAUGUCACCCUGACUGUUACUGAUGGUGAUCUUGUGGAAAUUGCAUCUGGAGCCCUCAGUCCACAAGUUGCAUACAUGAAGGGAAAACUCAAGUUAGCUGGCAAUAUUAUGUUGGCACAAAAACUAGGACCCCUUCUCAAAUCUGAAGCCAAAUUGUAAAAAAAUGACAAAAAAAUAUUAGGGUUUGCUAAUUUCGUGGGUAUCCAUACUAGAGGGAAGGUUGAAAAGGCUGCACAGCAAUAUAACAUUGUUGUAUUUUUAUAUAAAAAUGUAUCAGGUGUCAUGCUAAUGUGGAAUAAUUAUGUAUAACUCCAUUUUGUAU